AAAAUAAAUGUAUCUCAUCGGAUAUUGACAAAUCUUUUUUCUGGAAUCAUUUACGCCUUAAGCUCUACAAAAGGGUGUAGGAGAAGAAAAUGACAUCAGUGGUGGGAAGCACACUUUCAUCGCCGCCGGCGAUUCAUUCUCCGGCGAAAUUCGGAGCUCCAAUUGCGACUGGAGCUUCACUUUCAUUUUCCAGGCCAUCUUCUCUCUCCUGCCGUCUUCUUUCUUCUCAACACUGCUUCGUUGUUCUUCCUCGACGUUCCAGAAGGUUAUCUUCUUCCUUCCGAUGUUUCUCCGCCCUUUCCCCUGAGUUAAAGACGACUAUUGAUAAGGUUGUUGCUUCAAACAAAGUGGUUUUGUUUAUGAAGGGGAACAAGGAUUUCCCUCAAUGUGGGUUCUCUAACACUGUUGUACAGAUAUUGAAGUCACUGAAUGUGCCAUUUGAAACUAUUAAUAUUCUUGAAAAUGAGUUAUUGCGUCAAGGUCUAAAGGAGUAUUCAAGUUGGCCAACCUUUCCACAGCUUUACAUCGAUGGGGAGUUCUUCGGUGGCUGUGACAUUACUGUUGAUGCAUUCAAAAGUGGGGAGUUGCAAGAAACAUUGGAGAAGGCUAUGUGCUCAUAAUGCAAUGUGAGCUCCGAGUUUCUAUAAACUUGUAUUUUGGCCGACUCAAACUGGAGUAUAAUUGACGAAUGAUGAUGCUUGGGAACUCUUUAAGAAAAUGGAGGAUAAUGUAUAUUCUCCGGAUGCAUGCACCGGGUUUUCUUUAUGGUGAUCAUCUAGGCAAGGUUUCUAGGAUAGUCAACCUUAUGACUAACAAAUAACUCAAGGAGGGUGCUACUGUAACCUUAAUUGUUUUUAAGUUUACUAACUCGUUCGUGAUGAUUUUAGGGUUGGACAAAGAUAAUAGAUUGUACAAAUGUUGAGAUCUUAACAUGUUUGUAAUUUAACAUGUAAUAUUAACCAUGAUUUUGUUGACGAUGGAAUUAAGACUUUGGCAUAAUUGUUCUGUAUUGUUGUAUUAUGCUUAUUAUUCAUGAAUUCUAAUUUUGUUGUUUGCCAAUGAAGCCACUACCUUUAUUUUAGCUUUGUUAAACUAAAAUAAUAUACUUCUAUUUUAGUUGAAGUUGUAUAUUUGAUGAGAAACUAAAAAUGUACUUAAUUAAUAUCGAUUUUUAUAUAUAAAAGCAUUUUUCUGGAGUAUGAAAUAUACUAUUGACAUAAUAAUUGAUUAUUAACACCAUGUUUCUGAAUUUCCCUUGGAUAUGCUUGAUGCUUCUUUAGGUAAGAGGUAAUUUGACACUGAAUUUCCCUGGAGCUUGAAGAUUGGUCUUUGCAUCAAGGUCUUAUCUAAUUUGAGCAUGUCUAUUAUUCAAAACGAAAAUCAUCGGACUGUGUCUCUGGACUCGUAUUGUUGACGCCCUUCUUCACGAUAUUGUUGUGAUUUGUGAAGCUUGAGGUAUAGAUGUCAGAUGGAAUUUGAUUCAUGUAUACAUAAGAAAUGUGUAUUAAUAAUGCUUGUCUACUACAACUACUCUAGUAGUUCAUAAAUUCAUUACCAUUUUAUUCCAAAUUUGGAAGUAGGCUUUGCUUCA